UCCAUCACCUCGCUGACUUAACGUACGAAGCUAUAAAUUUUGAGCAAGCUGAUCGCAAUCAAGAACGAACUCAGAGCUCUUAUCUUUGAGCCUCAAGUUUGUACUUGUAGCUUAGCUAGUAGACAAGAUCUCUACUGCGUCAUGGCCACCACAGCCACCUCGGGCACUGCCACUGCCGCCGCCGACGAGGAGAUCGUCUAUGAGUCCAUGUCCAUCCGCAUCUACAAGAACCGCGUGGAACGACGCGCGAGCGACAAGUAUGUCCCUGCCUCCACUGACGCUGGCACCGGGGUCGCCUCCCGAGACCACGCCAUCUCCACCAACGUUUCUGCACGUCUCUACCUCCCCCGCAGCGAUGGCGACACGCCUGCGGGAAAGCUCCCGGUCCUUGUCUACUACCACGGCGGGGGGUUCUGCCUCGGUUCAGCCUUUGAUCGCACCUACCAUGACUACUUCAACAACUUCGUGGCACUCGCCAAGACCGUAGUCAUCUCCGUCGAGUACCGCCUCGCGCCCGAGCACCCUAUCCCUGCUGCCUAUGCCGACUCGUGGGAGGCUCUCGCAUGGGUCGUCUCCCACAUCGCCGGCAGUACUGGCAAUGAAUCAUGGCUCACUGGCCAUGCUGACUUCUCCCGCCUUUACCUCGGUGGAGAAAGCGCGGGGGCCAACAUCGCGCACCACAUGAUGAUGCGGGUGGGCGCGGAGGGGUUGGCCCACAACGCUAAUAUUUGUGGCCUCGUUCUGAUCCAUCCCUAUUUCCUUGGGAGCAACAAGGUGAACUCCGAUGACCUUGACCUAGCGGCACGAGAUAGGCUUGGGAAGCUGUGGCACGCAGUGUGCCCAAUGACCAUAGGGGAGGAUGACCCACUCAUCAACCCAUUUGUGGACAGUGCUCCGAGCCUCGAGGCCUUGGCUUGUAUCCACGUGCUCGUGUGUGUCGCUGAAGCCGACGUGCUCCGUGAUCGCGGCAACACCUACUACGACUUGCUCAAAGGGAGCGGGUGGCACGGUGAGGUGAAGAUAUGGCAAGCCCCUGGCAAGGGGCAUAGGUUCCACUUCCACCUCCUCGAACCGGGUUGCGAUGAGGCUGUCGUGCAGGACAAGGUCAUUAGCGAUUUCAUCAAUCAUUGACUAGCCGUGAGGAGCUUGACAUUAUCGGAAGAGUCAAACUGUAACUUCACAAAUAACAAUAUACUUGAUUAAUAAAGUAUGAAUUGUACGUAAUAUAUUUGGGAAAUAAGUGCAGCUCGAAGAAAACAAUAAUGAUGUUCAUUUCAA